GGCCAAUUUCCAGAUCUUAAUCUUCGAAACAAACAAAAGGAAAAGUUAUUAUCAUUGCUGCUGUUUUGUAGGGUGAUGGAUAUAAAUGCAAUUACGGCAUCGAUUUUAUUGUUUUUAAUGGUCUCCGAUUCUUCCAAUGCAGCUUCUUCGUCGUUCUCGAAGCGUCGAUACUUAACUGAUGAAUCUCCAUCAGAGAACGACACCAUUGCUGCUGCUGCGGCGCAGCCUAGCUCUCCGUUGCCGAUUCUUUUAAAGGGUCCGGGCGACCAGAAAUUGAAUCUAAAAAGGGAUAAUUCGACGAAAUUGGAUCCGAAUUCGUCCAAAAGAACGGAUUCCAUGACGCAACAUCCAGUUGACAAGAAAGAUCUGAAACCAUUGGGUAAACCGGAGAAGGUGAAUCCAUCUACUCAAAAGGAAAUAGCUAGUGGAAACAAUUCAACUUUAACUCCGAAGGAUGAUAAAACAAUAGAGGGAAAUGAGGAGAAGAAAAAAGAAUGUAGAUAGUGGAAAGAAUCCAAAUAGUACGAACACUGAGAAGGGAGGUUAUACAAAGGAGGAUAAGGAAAUGAA